UAACAAGCUCUACACACGCAGAGAUGCAUCGACACACCCGAGUUGUCAUCAGCGCUGCAAGUUUUUUUCCAAACAGCUGCUAAAAAGAGAGUGCUGCGCUGCGGGCCAGCCCACGUGACCGGGAGGAAGGCUCUCCCGCCCAUGACGGGAUGGGAAAACUAUGCCUGGGGCCAGCUCUCGGCCCGGCUGCCGCCGCGGAGGAAAGCAGGGACGUGGAGCGCCGCCGAGAGCUUCUUUGCUCCGGACGCCCCGGGACGUGGCGGGCAGCCGCGAGGGUGACCACCAUGAUCCCCUGGAUGCUCUUGGCCUGUGCCCUCCCCUGUGCUGCUGACCCACUGCUUGGAGCCUUUGCUCGCAGGGACUUCCGGAAAGGCUCCCCUCAACUGGUCUGCAGCCUGCCUGGCCCCCAGGGCCCACCCGGCCCCCCAGGAGCCCCAGGGCCCUCAGGAAUGAUGGGACGAAUGGGCUUUCCUGGCAAAGAUGGCCAAGACGGCCAAGAUGGAGACCGGGGGGACAGCGGAGAGGAAGGUCCACCUGGCCGGACAGGUAACCGGGGAAAGCCAGGACCAAAGGGCAAAGCUGGGGCCAUUGGGCGGGCUGGCCCUCGUGGCCCCAAGGGGGUCAGUGGUACCCCCGGGAAGCAUGGCAUACCAGGCAAGAAGGGGCCCAAGGGCAAGAAGGGGGAGCCAGGCCUCCCAGGCCCAUGCAGCUGCGGCAGUGGCCACACCAAGUCAGCUUUCUCGGUGGCGGUGACCAAGAGCUACCCACGGGAGCGGCUGCCCAUCAAGUUUGACAAGAUUCUGAUGAACGAGGGUGGCCACUACAAUGCUUCCAGUGGCAAGUUUGUCUGCGGCGUGCCUGGUAUCUACUACUUCACCUACGACAUCACGCUGGCCAACAAGCACCUGGCCAUCGGCCUGGUCCACAACGGCCAGUACCGCAUCCGGACCUUUGAUGCCAACACCGGCAACCACGAUGUGGCCUCGGGCUCCACCAUCCUGGCUCUCAAGCAGGGUGACGAAGUCUGGCUACAGAUCUUCUACUCAGAGCAGAAUGGGCUCUUCUACGACCCUUACUGGACAGACAGCCUCUUCACAGGCUUCCUCAUCUAUGCCGACCAGGAUGACCCCAAUGAGGUAUAGACACACCAGGGCCGCCCUCCAGGCAGGGAACAAGCUUCUGGACUUGGACUUAUAGAGCAAGACCCCUCAACUGUAGGCUGGGGUCGGGGUGUCGAGUGAGCGGUUCUAGCCUCAAGCUGACCUCCUCUCCCUCUUUUAUUCCCCAUCAUUAAAUCCAAACCUUUUUAUUCAUCCAACUAUCGACUUAUUCACUUCUUUUUAAAGUAUCUGCUGCAUAACAGGCACUAUGUUAUUCUCUGAAAGACACAGCAGUGGACAAGACAGAGUAUCUGUCCUCAUGGGGUUUACAUUCUAGCAGGAGACACAAUUUACAAAUAAACGAGCAGAUAAUAUUAUGGCAGCACAGACAUGAACAUGCCAUGGUUGAGAGUAACAGGAAUAACAGGAGACAGGGAAGAGGUAGACAUCUGUGUUUUUUUUGGUUUUUUUAGAUUUUGACAUUUUAGGUUUACUUACAUACAGUGACUCUCCAAAUUUUAAGUUGACAGCUCAGCAAAUAAUUUUUACUUAUGUGCACACCUUUGAACCUCCAUGUAGAUCAAGGAACAAACUAUUUCCAGCCUCUCACCUCCCUUCCCCGAAGUCUCUUAAGACUCCUCUAACUCAGUAUCUGGCGAAGUUCCGUUUUUGAGCUGAGUUCGAAAGAAGAAGAUAGAGUAUGCAAAGGUGUUGGAAAAGAGGUCUCCCAGCAAAAGGCUCUGUAAGUGCAAAGACCUUGACAGGAAAGAGGGAGAGGCCAAGGUCAGAACUGAGAAGGGAGGAAUGAGGCGUGAGGCUGGAAGGUAAUACAGAACCUCCCAGACCUUGGCAGAGCUCACUCCGCUUACAAAGGCUUAUCAGAAUGCAAAGUGAGCGUAACGCUGAUAAGCAGAUCAUCUUGAAUCUGCUCAAUGCUUGAGUCAAGUCGGCCACAGAUUUGAGCACUUUAUUAUUAGUUAAUCUUUCGCAGGCCCGCUUCUCAGUGAAUGAGAUACACCAGGAUAUGCACAUGUGCCUGAGAACCGCUGCUCUAAGAUGGCAGGAAUGGAUUCCACCCAAAUGACUCUCACCCCAAGCCCAGGUGUUUCCAGUACAGGGAUCUGAAGGCUUAAGAAGCCACAGUAAAAGUGGCAGGUGCUGGCUGGGCGUAGUGGCUCACGCCUGUAAUCCUAGUACCUUGGGAGGCUGACUCGGGCUAAUCAUUUGAGGUCAGGAAUUCGAGACCAGCCUGGCCAACGUGACAAAACCUCAUCUCUGCUAAAAAAUAUAUAUAUAUAAAAAUUAGCCAAGCAUGGUGGUGCAUGCCUGUAAUCCCAGCUACUGGAGAGGCUGAGGCGGGAGAAUUGCUUGAACGCAGGGGUCUGAGGUUACAGUUAGCUGAGAUCAUGCCACUGCACUCCACCCUGGAUGACAGAGUAAGACUCUGUCUCAAGGAGAAAAAAAAAAGGCAGUUACUCAGAGAGCCCCACGGAAAGAUUGCUGGAGAGAAUUUUCGGUUGGAGCUACUGCUCCCUAGCAGCUUUCUCUGGCUGCUCGUCUAGUGAGAUACUCAGGGACACGUUACGUUGCACGGGAUGGUUCCGCGAGGAGUGGUCAUCUCCAGAAAAAAAAUGGGAUUUAUUUAAAUUAAC